AUUAAUGAAUGCAUGGCUCUUAACGACCCACAUAUCGCUAAUCUAAGCAUUCAUAGAUUAAAAGUUUCUGUAGAGACCCAAGCCCUGAAAAUUGGCAGCUUGAAUUUUCUGGAACGGCAAUAUAAUAACUCAGCAGGGUGCUCUUCGACGGAAUAGAUUAGUUGUGUCGCAAAUAAGUUUGUCGAAGUCAUACAUACUUUAAAUAGCGAAAGGUAAAGAAAUCUUUUCUAGCAAUACUUCACGACUUUUAAAAUGACCGCCGGAGCAGUAGCGUGGCAAAGGUUUACAUAUCCCGGUGGAGAUAUUUACGAAGGAGAGUGGAGCGAAGAAGGGAGAAAACACGGCUAUGGAAUGUUAGUCAUGACCGAUGGAACAAAAUUUGUCGGCAAAUUUAUGCUAGGUCUUUGCCAAGGACCUGGUUUAUUAAAAUUUCCUGACGGGUCCUCGUACGCCGGGGAGUUCAGCGAAGGAAAAUACAAUGGUUAUGGUACGUUUACUCGAAGUGAUGGUAUGAAGUUUGAAGGCGAAUUCAAGCAAGGAAGCAUCGAGGGCAUGGGACUGAUUACUUUCCCCAAUGGUACUCACGGGACCCCACGACAGGAAGGCGAAUUCAGUGGAAACGAACUGUUGUUUCGCACGAAUGCUACAGAGGAUGUCAACAAAGCCAGAGCAUCUGCGGCCGAGGCAGCGGACAUUGCGAAAAAUAUUGUCCUGAAGACGGAUUGGGGAAAAGGGCGCAAGUGAUUUUCUUGGGACAAACUAUAGACUGAUGUAUCGUUACAAUGAUACCCAUAAUACUUUUUAUUCCUGCUGCCCAACCAAUGAUAUUAACCUUAUACACUCAAGAUUUAUCACAAGAACAUCUAAGACAUGUCAUAGGGAUUUCAAUAAAAUGAAAAAGUCAUACUCUUUAUAGCUUUUCAUUACUAGUUUUCUCUUUUAAACUGCAUAAUAAAUGUUAACUAUUGAUUCUGUGGUUGAAUUAUUGCAAUAAAACUGUUCAUACUACAUCAUA